UCUAAUAAUUGAUUAAUGGCCUAUAAUAAUUAGAAUGUUCCCUUUAAACGAGAAAAACAGAAAUGAAGGCAAUAAUGAGACUGAGUUGCCGCUGUUCCCCUCUGUGCACCAGGCCAUGUGUCUACAGCUGCUGACCGCAGUGGGAGCUCUGGCCGGGACGGCGUGCUCCCUGAUGGCCGAAGGCGUGGGCGCCACGGCCACCGCCUGGAUCCUCCCCUUCACAGCUGGUGGGUUCGUUUACAUCGCCACCGUGACGGUGCUCCCUGAGGUGCUGGCCGGCCGCUCCAGUUUCGGCCAAUCCCUCAUGGAGAUCCUGGCGCUGCUGUUCGGAGGAAUGACAGGGAAAAAACAGGCAAAAAUACAUGGAUACUUUGAAGCGAGAAGUGACUUCACCGACGCCUACCCCCUCCCCGCCCCCUCCACCCUCCGCCAGUAA